UUAUUGUGGCACGCUGAGGAAGUCAGUUCUCUCUCCCCACCUUCGCAUGCUAACGAAAUUACUUAGCUAGCGACAUAGCACUAUAGAAACUAACAGUUUCUCACAAUAUUAUGAAGUUUGGCCCCCUAAUAUCUUUAUCGGAUUUUCUAGAAGCGGACACUAAACAAUUUCAAAAAUGAACAUACGAAACGCAAGGCCGGAAGAUCUCAUGAAUAUGCAGCAUUGCAACCUGCUGUGUCUUCCAGAAAACUACCAAAUGAAAUAUUACUUCUACCAUGGAUUAUCUUGGCUCAGGUUAGUUCUAGUGUUAUCUCCCUACAUCGCAGAAGAUGAGAAUGGCAAAAUAGUAGGAUAUGUGUUGGCUAAAAUGGAAGAGGACCCAGAUGAUGUACCCCAUGGACACAUCACAUCACUGGCUGUAAAGCGUUCCCAUAGACGCUUGGGUCUGGCUCAGAAGCUAAUGGACCAGGCCAGCAGAGCUAUGAUUGAGAACUUCAACGCUAAAUAUGUCUCCCUCCAUGUUCGCAAAAGCAACCGAGCUGCUUUGCACCUCUACUCCAACACACUGAAAUUCCAGAUUAGUGAAAUAGAGCCUAAAUACUAUGCCGAUGGGGAAGAUGCUUACGCGAUGAAGAGAGACCUAGCCCACAUGGCUGACGAGGUCCCACAGUUGAGAAAGGCUGGAGCGCGCAUCGCGGGCCAGGAGACGCCUGCCCAGAGCCUAGCAGGAGACCAGGAGAUUGAGAGGGACAGUGGAGGAGAGAGCAAGGAACUCAGUGAAGUCAGCGAGGCAACGGAAAGCACAGACGUCAAAGACUCCUCCUCGGAUUCACAAUGACUCUGCCAUCCUAGCUAUUUUUAAAAUUCAUCCUGCACCUCUUUUUAGCUUCUACCUGGCAAUAUUUAUGGCCCCAACCCAAUGGCUAAUGUACAUCAAUCUCUAUUUUUGUGUUACUCACACAUUUGUUUUCAGAUAACUUCACUAUUGGUGAACAACAAAGGAGACUUGGGGAAUGAAUGAAUGGGGAAGUUUUCUAAUUGAAACAAUAUUACAACUUAAUAACUGCCGUCAGCGUUUUUAUUUGGACUUGCUGUUGUCACCACGUUUAGGAGUUGCCCCAGCUCUGGCUAUAAUUUUGCCUGGAUCUUCAAUUGUCACAAUCAGGUUUCUUGAAGUAUUCAUAGAAAUACUCGAAAUAAAAAUUUAAAAUAAU